AUGGAUUUGUGGACUUAGAUUCGCGACUGUUUGCUCCCUGCGAAAAAAAUAAUAAAUUACCUUUUGUAAAUAAGAAUAAUAAAUCAAACUCAUGCAGCUUAUAUCUAAACAAGAUAAGCAUGCCUAUGAGCUCAAAGAAAGAAGACACACCAUCGGAGGGAUAACUGGGUUGAAAGAUGAUCCUACAGCUCUACCACCAAUGCCUGAUAUUUGUAAUCCACCUCUAUCAAAAUCCUGCAAAUGCGCCAAAUGAAAUGGAUUAACGUGGCACCACCACAAUAUUCUUCUCACACGAAACACUGGACAUGAGGAGCACCUUUUGAUCGACAAUGGUAGGAGGAAUGUGUGCUGGAACUUGAACUUCAUUCUUUGGCACUGAGCUCCCAAAGGACGGGAGAGGAAAACCUCUAAAAGAAUCAUCAAAAGCAUUCCAUGUCUACAGGGGGAGAGAGGAGAAGGGGGAAGAGAACCGUGUAAGUUACUCUUACGUAAUUCAAGUUGCCCCCGUAAACUGAUCAAACUCUGAGAUCACUUACCUGGGAGGUUGUCGCCUCAGAAGCUAAUUUAACUAGACUGAUUCCUGAAUUCCAUUGGCCAGUAAACGAUGGAGAAGCUUCAUGAGAAAAGGAGCUUUGUUCCAAUGACCUCUGAGUGUUAUUACCAGUGGGUGGAAGAGCAUCAAAAACUGCCGUGCUGAUUCCAUCGACAGGAACAAUGGUAGAAAAGGAUGUGGGUUUUGUUUCAGAAGCAGAUCCGGAAGGUGGCAAAUCGAAUGUAGCCCAUCCCUCUUUCUCAGAGAAUGGUACUGGCUGUGACUUAUCCAAAGUAGUCGAGGAUGAGGGAUGAGUGAUUUCAGCAAACAAAUCCAAAGGUAGGACAGAAGAGCUGGUUGCCUGCUGAACAAAAGAUGGACCAGACAUAUUUGGAUUCCCAAGGUUUCCGUGAAGAGACGACUGUGAUAAGGGAUUCUCAAACAAAGAUGUAGAAGAGUACUGAUUCUCAGCAAAAAAAUCCGAAGAUGAUGCUGAAGGAAUAGUUCCUUGUUGAGCAAAAGAAGGCUGAAUAGGAGAAGAUGAUUGCUGUUCGGAAGGAAACAAUGAUUCCACCUGUUGACUUCUGACUGGCUGUUCAGCUUCUAUGACAACUUCACGUGAACCACCAGAAUUAACUGAUUUCAAUGACACCGAGUUGCUAUCAAAUGAUCCAAAGCUGCCUGAAGAUGCGCUUCUCUGAAGACAGUUUUUCAAAAUUCAUUGUUAUUACCAUCAUCGUCACGUAAAUAUAAUAACUAUACAUCCAUGCCACAUGAUUGUGAGACGAAGGGAACACCAACCUGUGAGUGUAGAGCACUUUCUACAUUUCUCCUGGGAUUUGCUUCUGAAUAUUGCGUCGAUACCUGACACCGUCCAUCUUCGAUUAGGAUCUCUCUCACCUGCUGGGUAUUGGUGACACAAGUGCUAUCCCCUUGAAAAUUCGGUGGCUGACCAUCAAAUUUUAAGGUAUCGCCAGUGCUAGAUACUGAAAAGUCUGAUAUUCUUGGACCGGAAAUUUCAUUGGCAAAUCUAUCCUCAUACAUCUGCUCACCUAGACGACCAGGGCUGUAAAUGAGACUAGAUAUCUUCCCUUCAAAAGUCCCUCGAUCUGAACCGGGCUUUCUAGUAAGCAUCCCACUUUGUUUUCCAUAACGCCUAUCUUCAUAUUGAUGGUCAUAUGGUGGACUCUGAGAGUAUGAAUGAUAAGAACUGGCACGGCGAUGAUCUUCUUCAAAGCUCUUCUGGCUCUGUCAGAAAUCCCAGGGAACAAGUUUAUAA